AUGGAGAGAUAUGACCGUGCCAUUACAAUCUUCUCACCGGACGGUCAUCUGUUUCAAGUUGAGUACGCACAAGAAGCGGUCAAGAAAGGAUCAACUGCGGUUGGUGUACGAGGUAAAAACUGUGUUGUGAUCGGUGUCGAGAAAAAGUCGAUACCAACAUUGCAGGAUGAUCGCACCAUACGCAAAAUUCAUAGUAUCGAUGAGCAUGUUAUGCUUGCAUUUGCAGGUCUUAGUGCAGAUGCACGCGUUUUAGUGGAUAGAGCACGAAUUGAAUGUCAGUCAUAUAAACUGACGCUUGAAGAUCCCGUUACGGUAGGAUAUAUUGCACGAUUUAUUGCGAACACUAAACAAAGAUUUACGCAAAGCCCAGGAAGGAGACCUUUCGGCAUAUCAAUGCUUGUUGGUGGCUUUGAUUUUGAUGGAACUCCUCGAUUAUUCAAAACGGAACCUUCAGGAGCAUAUUACGAAUAUUCUGCAAAUUCGACAGGUCGUGGUGAGAAACCAGUUCGAGAGUACCUGGAAGAGCACUACAAUGAUGAAACAACAGCGGAUGAAGCAAGCGUUUUAAAACUGGUAGUGAAAGCUUUAUCACAGGUGGUUCAAAGUGGUGCUCAGAAUAUCGAAAUUGCUGUCAUGAAGUUGUCCACUGAACCGGGACGUACAGUGGACUAUCGGAUUCUUCCAACUGAAGAAGUGGAAGAACUCAUUAAAGUUGUUGAUGCUGAAAGAAUAGAAGCGGAAGCAGAAGAAGCAGCAAAAAAAGCUGCCGGGCUGAACUAUUCUGAUCUUUCCUACAACGUACAUUUAAAGGGAAGGCAAAUUGCUAUCUCCAGCGUUUGUAGUUCCUAUCUGCUGAAGUUGUUACUGAUACAAAGCGUCUGGGUGGGGCGACGAUUGACCCCGCCUCUAAUGUCGCGAAGUUUUGGGUUUUCAUUUACAGUUGCUCAGAAAAUAAGAUUUCAAAACUAUCAUAAUGCUUUCGAUAAACAUAUGAACAUACUCUUGUGCGAUUGUGAAGAACUGCGUCGGAUUAAACCAAAACCUGGCAAAAAGAUUGCUGAGGGAGAAGAGAAACGAACGCUGGGUUUGGUGUUGUUGCGUGGUGAACACAUAGUUUCAAUGACUGUUCAAUCUAAUGAACAGGAUGAGGAUUCAAAACAACAGGGAAAGGCCGGAAAUAUUGGUGGACCUGGUGCAGCAAAACCAGCUGGACGUGGCAUGGGAUCACCUAUGGUCGGACCUCCUGGGCCUGCCCCUGGUUUGCAAGGAGCAGUACGUGGAAUUGGCGGUCCUGGUAUGGGAAUGAUGCAGCCUCAACCAAUGCCUGGAGCACCACCCUUUGUUGUCCCUCAAGUUUUCCCACCACGAGGACCAAUCAAUUCGGCCUGUUUAAUAAUAAGUGAACAAACAAUGCCACCGAAAAAGAAAAGUGAUGCAGAAGAGCGUUUACCCCUAAUGGGACGGAUAGGAACAAAUUUAAAGAUGGGUAUUCUUGGAGUUCCAAACGUCGGAAAAAGCACUUUUUUCAAUGUGCUAACAAAAAGUCAAGCACAAGCAGAAAACUUCCCUUUCUGUACAAUCGAUCCCAACGAAAGUCGCGUACCCGUUAGUGAUAACCGUUUCGAUUGGUUGGUACAACAUUUCAAACCGCUUAGUAGAGUGCCGGCAUUUUUAAAUGUUGUUGAUAUUGCUGGCUUGGUGAGUGGCGCUUCUGAAGGAUUGGGCCUUGGCAAUGCUUUCCUAUCACACGUUAGUGCGUGCGAUGCGAUUUUUCAUCUCUGUCGUGCUUUUGAUGACGACAAUGUGACACAUGUGGAAGGUGAAGUUAAUCCAGUUCGAGAUCUUGAUAUAAUACAAAAAGAACUUAUCAAGAAAGAUCUGCAGUAUUUGGAAGGCGCUACAGAUAAAAUGGAGAAAGUUGUUGUAAGAGGUGGUGAUAAAAGCAAAAAACUGGAGUAUGAAACACUACUAAAGGUGAAAAAACUGUUAGAAGAGGACGGUCAACCUGUUCGUCUGAUGAUAUGGAAUGAAAAAGAAGUGGAAGUACUGAAUCACCACCUUCUGUUGACGGCUAAGCCCAUUGUUUAUUUGAUUAAUCUUUCGGAUGCAGACUAUAUCAGGAAAAAGAAUAAAUGGCUAUCAAAAAUUAAAACCUGGUUGGAUGAAAAUGACCCACACGCAGUUUGCAUUCCAUUUAGCGGUACGUUGGAGUUGAAACUUAUGGAAAUGCCAGAAAAUGAGCGACUCACUUUUUUGAAAGAACAGAAUACAACAAGCGCAUUGGAUAAAAUUGUGAAGACCGGCUAUAAGGCGCUACAACUUGAAUACUUUUUCACGUGUGGUAAGGAUGAAAAAGGAACAAAAGCGCCGCAAGCGGCUGGAAGAAUUCAUACGGAUUUUGAGAAGGGAUUCAUUAUGGCUGAAGUAUAUAAAGUGAGUGACUUGAUGGAGUUGGGCAGUGAAAAUGCUGUAAAAGCAGCAGGGAAGUAUCGUCAACAAGGCAGAAAUUACAUCGUUGAAGAUGGUGAUAUAAUUUUGUUUAAAUUUAAUGCUGGUGCUGGUCUUACUACUAAGAAGAACUCGCUACCACGCCCAUUUUCGCAUAGGAACACACCCAUCAAGAAGAUGGGCCGCAUUAAUUCCAUGCUCCGCCCAUUCGUCCCAUCGAAGUUGGCUGAAUCGAUUGGUAGAGACCGGGAGAGAGGUGUGCUUUCUUUCUUCCCAUUCCUUACCCUAAUUGUCAGUGCGUUGCGUAGGCUUGCGCCACCCCGAGCAAGAGUAAACCCGCAAGGGUUGACACGUCGCAGCACGCCUGCCUCCGCCUCGUGUGAUCCGUGUAGGAAAGAGGCAGCAGCAGUAGCAAUAGGUGGCCCCCGCCCCGUAAUGGCUGAGACCACCCCUAUCCUGCCCAAGCAACCAUCGUCCAAUCCGGCUGCGCCAUCGCCCUCUACGACACAACCCCCAACGACGCAGGACACUCCCAUAUUGCCGAAACCCAUCAGCGGUAGCGCCGGUACUAAUGGUACUUCUGCCGUGGCACAGCAGCCUCAGCCUCAGGCUGCAUCCAUACAACAUCAGCAGGUUCAGUUCAUACCAAUUGCCACUCAAAAUCAGAGUGGACAGCAACCGACGCAAGUUCAGCUUAUACCGGUCACAGGACCAGGACAAACUCAACAAUUCCUAGUAAUACAGCAGCCGGCAAUUGCUAGCCCUUCAAUACCAAUUCAACCUGCCGGUAUUCAGCAGACUAAUCAGUUUUAUAUUGUACAACAACCUACAGCUGGCCCCAACCAGGCACCGCAACAGAUAGCAUUUAUACCGCUACAGAUGCAUCCAGCUCCAGAUACGAAACCAGUAUUAGCCAGUUUGCAUGCGCAACCUCAUCAUCUGCAGCAGCAGACUUUACAACAGAUGCGAAAUGUGGAAAUGCAACAACCACAGCAAACAAAUACAAAGCAAGAAAUAGAUGAUGGUAGUGCGAAUGGCGUCACUACUCAACAAAGGAUAAAAUUAGGGAAUUUGCAUUUCAUCCAAGAUCCGAAUGAUCCCCAGAAGUGGAUAAUUACCACAGCAGCAAGUGAUACAUCAGAGACACCCAAUCAAGGAUAUCGUUACAACCGUCAAAAUGAAUUCGAUGCUACACCAAGUGCUUCAACUGUAGGCCAGCAACUGGGAUACAAGCAGCAAAAAACGCCCAAAAGAACUGCUUGUAAUUGCCCUAACUGUCAAAGCAGUACCAAUAAUAAGUUGGUGAAAAGUGGCGAGAAGCAGCGUUUACACAUUUGUCAUCUGUGUGAAAAAACUUACGGAAAGACGUCACAUUUACGAGCGCAUUUAAGAGGACAUGCAGGACAAAAACCGUUUGCAUGCGAUUGGGCGCAUUGUCAAAAAAGGUUCACACGUUCCGAUGAAUUGCAGCGGCAUCGUAGGACUCAUACUGGUGAGAAACGUUUUGCUUGUGGUCACUGUGGCAAGAAAUUUAUGCGAUCAGAUCAUUUAACGAAGCACGAAAGGACGCAUUCAACAGUACGUGGACAUGGCAAUUCAGAAUUAAGCGCACGAGCACGUGGAUCUGUGGAUGCAACUGUACGGGCAGUAGCAUCAGCGGAAGUUAAUUCAUCACAAACAAAUCUUAUUAAUACACAGCAGCAGACUAUUAUUAAUUCAAAUUAA